AUGAAGCCAGAGGCACGUGUUGCCUGUCAGGUGACGAUGGCGGUGCUGUUCAUAGCUCUGCUCGUCACGGCCAUCACUUUUGCAGUGCAGGCUUUUCAGCCGCGUCCCCAACCCUGUUUUCGGUGUCCAUUCGACUGGAUUGGGUACAGAGGAAAAUGCUACUAUUUUUCGGAGGCUGAGGGGAACUGGACGUCCAGCCAGGACAACUGCUCGGCACUCGGUGCUUCCUUGGCCAUGCUCGACAGCGUGGAGGACUUGAGCUUUGUGAUGAGAUAUAAAGGCAUCUCUGAGCAUUGGAUUGGCCUUUCACGGGAAGAUGAGGCACAACCGUGGAAAUGGGUGAACAACUCACAUUUAUCUCACCUGUUUCGGAUCCGCGGCGGUGGCCUCUGCGCCUACCUGAACGACAGCGGGCUCAGCUCCUCCCGCUGCAGCACCGAGAGGAGCUGGGUUUGCAAUAAGUUCGAGCUGCAGAGCCCAAGCGAGAGCAACAGAUCAAGACGGGCUCAAAACCUUUGCAUCAGCUCCUAA